AGCCACUAGAAAGUCCAAUCUGUCUGGAGGCUGUACAUGUUCGGUGGUGGAAAGAUAUAUUAGUGGAGAGAAUCAGCCAACGUCUAUGGGAAGAUAAUGGAACUAAAAGCUUGUGAAAAUGGAGAAAACUAUUCUUCUCCUUACAUACCCAUCUUCUUCUAUAUUCUUUCCUCAACAACCCAGAAGCCCUGUACCCACUCUCUCCUCCCAAAACCCUCCUCUAUCUUCUCACCUCCGCCACAUUACCCACUCCCGGUAUCGUCGUUGGGACUCAAAUGCCGAGACCUUUCGAACCCAGAACUUCAAGUUCAACCAAGAAAACAACGACAAAGAGGAGGACGACGAGGGCACUGGUUUCGGAGAGAAGCAGCGCAGAAGUUGGUGGUCUGACGAUAUGCCGAAGGAGGUCGACUCUGCAUCUGGGGGUCUGGAGGAUCUUCUUGAUAGCGUUUGGAUUUUCAAGGUAUUCAGAUCCUAUGGUUGGAUGCUUCCAGCCAUCAUCGCAUCGACACUCCUAGCAACAGGUCCCAAAGCUUUCCUCAUGGCAUUAGCACUUCCCCUUGGACAGUCAAUGCUUUCUUUAGCAUUUGAGAAGUUGUGGGGAGGGAAACAAACCAACCCAAAACGCAAGACAAGGACCAAGAAGAAACCAAGUGCCCGCACUGCAAGUAAUUUUGAGUUGGAGGAGGAGGAGGAGGAAGAAGGCCCAGGAAGCAGAAAGGGAAAGAGGGGAUAUCAGUCAUGGGUAGCUGAAAAUGAUAUUUCAGUUGACAAGGGUUCCCAAGAAGAGCCCAGUUUUGGGGGAUGGGAUGUGCUGGAUAGACAAAAAGAGUUUGAUAUGAGAUCCCGGAAGAGGCCAGCUCGAACAGCAGGUAAAUCACAAAGGAGGACACCCAUGGAGAAGGGAAAAUUGAGCAGGAGAUUGGGAAGAAGUGACACACCCUUAUUGUUGAGACUGUUGAUUGCAGUUUUCCCAUUCUUGGGUUCAUGGACUAAGAUGCUAUAGUCAUUCACAGCAAAGCUUAAACUUUAUACUUGGCUUGGUUUGGUUUGGUCAACUAAGCUCGUUGAACAAUCCUUGCAUCAUUUUUCCUAUGCUGAUAGGAGAUUUCCUUGCUUCCCUGACCUUUCUCUGUGUGCCGAGUUUGAAUUACUCAAUGCCGAAACAAAUUUAUCAAAUACAUGGAGCUAAGUUGCAUGCCAAUCAUCAGUGGGAAUGACAGUGUGGGAUGCUUCUUCUAUGACUAAUUGCUAGAGCCACUUUAUACUGCAUAAUUUGGGUACCAGAGCCUUCAAAAGUACUGUGUACCCUUUUUUUCGCAUGCAUUGUGUAUUGUUCACUCGUACCUUAGAAUUCAAUACAAGGUAAGUCGGGUCUACACUGGAGACAAUUUUCUGAGUGGGAAGUUUGUUCCAUUGGAAUCAAUUUGUUGUUCAUGUAAUUCUUUGUUGCUCUGGGCAACAUAUAUACUAUAAAAUUAUCUAUACAAAGGACAGAUAAUUCAGAAGGUUUUAGAAUUUCAGAUCCA